UUUAAUGUAAGUUUUUACCCUUAGUGGUGUGGACGCUUUGCGGUGUAAGCGCGCUGGUAUAUAGAGGCGAAGCUUGUGCGCGGGCGCCUAACUCUAGUCGGAGACCGCGCGCAUAACAGAUGCGCGCGCAAACACCGCGCAUGCUUUUAACGAACGCUAAGUGCAACUUGUGAUAACUCAGAACUUAUAUUAUUUUAAUUUACUCAAUUUAAAUUAAAAGACUUGUUUAUAAAUACCUACGUGAAAGUAGAGUUUUGUAAAGACAAAGUGAAGUUUAUGGUGCACUGUAAAAAUAAACAGCGAAAAUGUUGACCGGCUGGCAAUUAAUUCUUUCUAAAUUAUUUAUAAUACCGCAACGAUGGGUCAUGGCGAUCAUGGGUUUCUUGGCCGUGGCGAACGCGUACACUAUGCGUGUGUGCUUGAACAUAGCCAUCACGCAAAUGGUGCGGCGGCGGGCACACACCGUCGGUGUGGACGAUGGAGCCUGCCCUGGGGACAUUGACGAGGUUGCAGCUGCUAAUGCUACGGAGAUAAGCGGCUUCGACUGGAGUGAAGAGACUCAAGGCAUCAUCCUCAGCUCAUUCUACUACGGGUACAUUGUCACGCACUUACCCGGGGGUAUGCUGGCGGAGAGGUUCGGAGGGAAAUAUUCACUUGGUUUCGGAGUGCUGAGCACUGCUGUGUUUACGUUGCUCACUCCGUGGACCGUCGGCAUGGGUGGGGCCACUGGACUGAUCAUACUGAGGGUGCUGGAAGGACUUGGAGAGGGUACAACAUUCCCAGCUCUCAACACUCUUCUAGCAAGAUGGGCGCCAGUCUCCGAGAGAGGGCGCAUGGGUUCUUUGGUCUUCGGGGGUGCACAAAUAGGGAACAUUGCUGGAACAUACCUCUCUGGUCUGGUCAUGAAGGAGACUGGGGAAUGGCAGUCGGUGUUCUACCUCUUUGGUGCUCUUGGAAUCUUGUGGUUCAUUUUAUGGGCGAUCCUCUGUUACAAUGACCCUGAAUCUCAUCCUUUCAUUUCGGACAAAGAAAAGAAAUAUCUAGAAGAGGCUCUCGGAAGACAUCACAACAGCCAGCCAUCUUCUAUACCAUGGAAGGCCAUCUUCAUGUCUGUUCCUCUUUGGGCUCUUGUGUGUGCUCAGAUCGGCCACGACUACGGCUACUUCACGAUGGUGACCGACUUGCCCAAGUACAUGACUGGCGUUCUGAAGUUUGACAUCCAUCGCACUGGAACCUUAGCUGCCUUGCCAUAUGCUGUCAUGUGGAUCAGCUCCAUCAUAUUCGGCUGGCUCUGCGAUAAGAUAGUGAAGAGGAACUGGCUCACUGUCACCAAUGCCAGGAAGACUUUUACUACUAUCGCGUCAGUCGGCCCUGGCAUCUGCAUGAUCCUGGCAUCAUACUCCGGCUGCAACACCGAAGCUGUGGUGAUCCUGUUCACCGCAUCCAUGGGUCUCAUGGGCGCCUUCUACCCUGGCAUGAAGGUCAACGCACUGGACCUGAGUGGCAACUACGCUGGCACCAUCAUGGCGAUAGUCAAUGGCAUCGGAGCGAUUACUGGCAUCAUUGCGCCGUACUUGGUUGGACUUUUGACGCCAGAUAGCACACUAGUCCAAUGGAGAUUAGUCUUCUGGAUUGCGCUCGCAGUUUUCAUCGUGACAAACUUGGUAUUCGUCGCGUGGGCGUCCGGUGACGAACAGUGGUGGAACAACACAACGGAGGACCCAAAGAAACAGCAAGAAGUAGAGGCUGCCAACAACAAGUCCGUCAACGCUGAAGUCAAGUUGUAGACAAAGACAAAAGACGAAACAGGGUUACAAUAUGAAAAAAUACACGCGUGACGAGGACAGAGAGAUUGUUAAAACAGAAAUGCAAGGCUCUCGCAGAUGGUCGCGUUAUGUAAUGUAGUACAAAAACUAAGUAUUUGAUGCAUUGAACAAUUAGAUGUUAAUAUUGGCGAUUCCAUGAAUCCACAGCCAGUGCUUUGUGAUAGUAAUGUUAUGGAGAAUUCUCAAAAGUGUGAACUUACAUGUAUAUUUAUUUGAGUGUAAUUUAUACUUUGAGGUUUUGUAACCUUAAGGCAAUUUGUCGAUUGCGAUUUGACAAUAUUUUUAUAUUUAUUGUUUUGCCGACUAGACUGUACAAUUAGAUUUGAUGUAGUAAAACUAAGAUCUUAAUAGGAAAGUAUUAUUUUUUAUUACUGUAUAUCUGUAAAUACUUCACUGAUGUUCCCUUCAAAGAUAGACAAGAAAUGAGAUUACUAUUCGUUCGUUAUUAGAGUUAAAUUAACUGUAAAAUUUAUGUUCAGUAGCAUUUAUAAACUUUGUUCACGUAAUU